CUAUCUCUCCUUUCGUCCCCUCUCCCAGCUCAAGCCUACGACCUACAACAGGUACAGAGACUUCACCACGAUCUAUUUAGCAACUACAACAUGCAUACUGUCCCGAGCUCGCAGACCAUCGUCAAAUUCAGAAUGAACAUCAAACACUUCGACAUGAUUGAAGAAACCCAAGCACUGAUGGUCGAUUCUUGGAUUGUCAAUGAGUGGGUGGAUCCGCGGCUGAGAUGGGAACCUGAGGACUAUGGUCGUGUGUAUAAGAUUUCGGUCCCGCACACCAUGCUCUGGAAACCGGAUCUCGACGUCUAUAACAACGCCAACGUCGGGAAACCCAUAUCCUACGGGAACACCCUCCUCAUCGUCUUCCACGACGGGCGUGUCCUCUUCGUGCCGCCCGUGAGACUCCACUUCACCUGCGUCAUGGACUUAACCUUCUGGCCUCAUGACACGCACAACUGCACGCUCACCAUCGGCUCCUGGAUUCAUGACGGGAUUACUAUCGACCCGCAGCUUAUGCAUGAUAAACCGGAGCUUGAUAUCAACGAACUCCAAACAGCUGACGGCAGGAACUUGACUCGCGGCAUGUGGAACCUUCUCGACGCCAACAUUACGAGGAACGUAAGGGUAUAUGACUGCUGUCCCGAGCCUUACAUUGAUAUCAAGGUUUCCAUGCUGGUUGCUAGAAAUGCUCCGGCUUAUGAUUGGACGGUGAAACUGCCUGCUGUAGGACUUUGCAUCCUGACGCUGGUGGUGUUCCUGCUCCCUCCUGCCGCGGGGGAGAAGGUCAUCUUCGGGGGCCUCAGCCUGAUCCUGGAUGUGAUGUUCAUCGCCUACACUAACAUGGAGAUUUCGAACGCGCCGACGCACAUACCGCUUAUAGUGGAGAUGGUAUGCGAACAGCUGAUGCUUGUCGUGGCCAGCAUCGUUGUCGCCAGCCUUACCUUGCGGAUGGCCAGGGACCCUUACACCAAAGGCCUGCACAACGUGAUUAAGAGGCCUCUUAUCGUGGUGUCGUAUGCGCUCUGCCUUCACAACUACAAGAAUAUCGUAGGUUUCACACGAUGGGAGGUCUCCCGCGCCCACCAGCCGUACGCAAGGACCUUCAAGUCGGACGAACUCGAACUGGGCGAGAACGGUACCACCCAUUUAUACGGAGGACCUGAAGUGACCACGAGUCCCGGGCUAGAUUGGCUCCUCCUGUCGGCUGUGGUGGACCGUGUGUGUCUUAUUGUCUACGUGGCCAUAUUUACCAUUAAUAUGCUGUCGUUCAGUGCUGUUCUGUGAUUCUGUGAUUAUUAUUAUUAUAAUUUUUUUUUUUUUUUUUUUUUUUUUUUUUUUUUUUUUUGAGGAUGGGGUAUGGUGUGAAGUGGGUCAAGUGAUUAUUUUAUUAUUUUUUGAAAUGUAUUAUCUUAUAUUAUGUAUGUAUUUAUUUUUUAAGGAGGGAAUUGAUUCUAGAAUUUGCAUUAAAAAGUUUUGGGAAUCUCUUUGCUUUGUUGCUGUGUGAAUUUAUUUCUUAUAUUUAUUUCUUUAUUAUAUUUGUUUUCCAAUUUUGUUUUUAAAAGAACUUCAGGGUAUUUAUCUUUCUUUACUUUCGAAGUUUUGGUUCACAGGGUGUCAUAGUGGAGCUGUUUCCUUCAGUAUAUCUGGUGAUGUUUUUAAAGUGAUUUUUAUACUGGAGGCCAACAGCAUUACUCUUUAUUCACAUCAGACCAAGGAAAAUCUGUAUUUGGACCAAAUCUGUAGGCCAAGACAUCUGCAUUUGGACUUGUAUGUAAGGCUAUUGAAUCUACCUUUAAACUUAGGCUUGCAUAUGUACUUUUGAACUUGAAGUAUAGGCCUACAAAUCUUCUUUUAAUCUUGGACUGAAAAAGCUACCUGUUAACACACUAUUAUUUCAACUUUCAGCAAAUAAGUGUGUUGGCAUUUUUGUAUCUAAAAUUAUGUAAUACUAUUUUUGAGGAAUAAGUGAAAAAUCCUUAUUACCUUCCAUUUAAUUAUAGUCCGUCUAAUUUCAGGAAAAGAAUAACUGGCAACUCACCCCGGGGUGUAUUGCCAGGACUUGUCCGAUUCACUGUCGUUUUUUGAGAGUGAAAAUAAUAAUAUGGUGUUGAAGGCUUCACAGAAGAUAAAGCAAUAAAGAUGCUGUACAGGAGUAAUAAAAAUCAAAACCUACGUAUGUUUAAGUUUUAAGAGUCAGGAAAUUUAAAUAAAAGAUAAAAUCGGCUAAUCGGAGUUCUCGUGUUGAGUUGCCAGUUUCCCCUUUUACCUGCGAUUACACACGCUAUAGUUGUCCAUAGACUGAGAAAUGUGGAAAUUCAAUAAUUUCCACAAAAAAAAAAAAAAACGACAACUCGUAUAUACUGGCCUGGUUUGCCAAGUUUUUCCCUCUUGAUUCCACUUACAAGAUGUAGUUAUUCUUUUAUGUAUUUUGUGGUAUGUGUGUCGUUGAUAUUGAUUUUGUCAUUUCUGUUUUUUACUCUUAUUACCUCUUCUUCAAACUCCUUUCUUAAUUUUCCUCGUCUUCUCCCCUCUUCAUUCUUCUCUUUGUCCUCCCCCACCGUUUUUUCUUACUCCCUUCUUCUUUAUCAUCUUCUUUUUGUUCUUUUUAUUAUUCUCCCUAAUUACCAAUACAUUUUGAAGCUUCUGAGAAAUGUAUCUUUGUUUUAAACUUGAGGCUCGAUGAUUAAUUGUAGCUUAACUAACAUUGUAACCCCACGAUAAAACAAGUACAGAGAGAAUAGGUUAUCAGAUAGCCCAAACUUUUUUAUUUUCUAUUUUCUUACUCUUUAUCUUGCUAAUGAUAGAAAUAGUGAAAUAUCCAAGAAUUACGAUUCAAUUUCAUUUCUUACUGUGGCUGUUUUCCUUUCAUCCAAGAAUUAAUUAUGAUGAAGACAAGGCGAUAGGUACUUGAUAUGUAGACAAACUUAACGUUGUAUUUUGUCAUACCUUAUUAUUAUUAUUAUUAUUAUUAUUAUUAUUAUUAUUAUUAUUAUUAUUAUUAUUAUUAUUGCGUGUGUGUGUGUGAGCUUGUUCAUUAAGAAAAUAACAGUCAGGGAAAUAUCGAUUACAUAAAAAAAAACCCACAAAUAUAAGCAAAUAAACAGAAAAGAGAAAAUAAUCAUCCCAGGAGCUUCUGAAAAAAUAAAAUCACACCGAUCCUGUGUUGUUUUCGAGCUUUACACUUCCAUUCACAUACAUAUAUAUAUUUUUUUCUCACUCAACGUAGCGAACUCACCGUGUAUUUCCCGCUGUGCUGGGGAUUGACGCGAAUUCGUAUUUUGACUCUUGUGUUUUUCCCCCAUUUCUUUCUUCUUCUCUCUCUCUUUCGCUCUUUCCCCCUUUUUUUUCGUUUUUCUCUCCCUCUUCUUUUUGAAUCUCAGUGUAGCAGAACAUCUGGUGGGAGAUCUGAACAAACAGUGGUGGAUGCUGUUUGGAUUUUGCCUUUGUAGCUUGGCGUCGGCUGGUGUUAUGAUUUCCACUUUGCUGACUUUUAUGUACACAUUGCAGAUUUUCAACCCCAAGGAGGAGUUUUAGUUUAUGUUACGGAGAAUGGGGAGAGAGAGAGAGAGAGAGAGAGAGAGAGAGAGAGAGAGAGAGAGAGAGAGAGAGAGAGAGAGAGAGAGAGAGAGAGAGAGAGAGAGAGAGA